AUGCUGUCCCCGACAGUGAAGCGGAUGGAGCGUCCGCCGCCGCCACCGACACCGCCGAAACCGGACCGUCCCCAGCAAUCGUUGAAGGUGCAGCAGAACAGCAACGAACCGGGCGUGGCACCAGUUCCUUCCCAAACGCCAGCCGAGGAGCAGGUCGUGAUGACUCCGCUCGGCAAGACAAACACAUCCACGGUGCUGCUGAUCGAGCGGAAGCUAAUACAGUCGGUUGGCGAACGGACGCACGUGGCCGGUGGCGACCAUCGGGGCAUCAUCAUAAACAAAACUGCCGAAGAGCAAUCCAAUCGCCAGCGAGAACCAGCCCAACUGAGCCUGGAAUUUCGUGUGUUUCUCGUUAGCGCCAACAGUGGUCAGCACUCGCAAGAGUCCCGGCGCAUAAAGUUCUGGUUCCGGCCAUGGCUCGCCUCGGAGGACGUACAGGCCCAGGUUGCGCAGGACUUUUUCCGCGAGCUGGUCAGCCCGAAAGAGUUCCCGCGGGACUAUGUCGGCUUUAUCAAGAAGAUUAUGAAGCUGCUGCAGAAAGGCUACAAUGAAAUUCAAGCAGUUGAGAUCGAGCUACGGAUACUGGAGCAAACGUCAGCCCCACCGUCAAGACCCUCGCGCCCCGGGCACGUGAUCAUAUGUUACGGCAACUGUCACAAGCUUGACACAAACAAUAACGAUCGGGAUCAGAAAAGUUUCCCCGACUGCGGCGAUGGUGACGGUCGGCUCGGUAGCGGUAGCGGCAGCAUUCAUGUUACGCCCAUCAGCCAGCGCAAACGGCAGCAGGAUGAGGAGCGAACCGACGACGAAGUGUCCUUCGAGGAUGAACAGUUUGAAGUUGUUCCGCUGACGCCAGAAAAGAUACUUGAACUGAUCGAGCAAGCCUACCCGAACCCAAUCGCCCCAGAAGAUCUAGCCAAGGACUAUGGAUGGGAAGAGGAGGAAGUGCUUGCCAUAAUGCUGGUGCUGAAGGAGCGUGGUCUCAUUAAAUCGAUGGAGUACAACUCGUUCACCCGCAUUCACCAUGACGACCAGGCCAUCAAAAUCGUCAAGCAAAUGCCGACGAUCGCGUCGAACAAGCAGCCAACGAUAGCCAUCAUUACUGCGCAGUACUGCGAAAAGCUGGCGGUCGACGCCAUGCUGGAGAACAAGGAAACGUUCGUGCGCUACACCACCGUAGGAACUUCCUCCGAUAAGCCCACUAACGAUGCGGAACGACACAAACACAGAAGAAAGAAUCGGUUCGGUGAGUCUAACGUAUAUACGCUCGGCAAUAUAGGUGCGCAUCGGAUCGUUAGUACCAAGCUGCCGUCGGUUGGUAGCACGCGAGAAGCGAUGACAGCAGCGGGCAAUACCACGACCCGUCUGCUCGGCACCUUCCAGAAGGUGGAUUACGUGUUCAUUGUCGGCGUUGCUGGCGGUAUCCCGCACUACACCGACUACCGGCGGCACGUACGGCUCGGCGAUGUCGUGAUCGCAUCCGCAAUCCAGGAACCGAACCCAACCAACGGCAAUCCCCAGAAGCCGUACUGCUACGUGUACAGCGGCGGCCAGACGGAGGUUAAGCGCUACUAUCCGACAGACGAUGGGCUGCAGGCGAUCGCACGCACGAUCGUGCAGAACGAUGACGGCAAGAAGCCGUGGCUGCAGUACGUACAGGAGGGGCUACAGCAGCUCAGUGGACGGGGCGGUCACGCGGAGCAUGACUUUGCCCGUCCGGCACCGAACACGGACAAGCUGUACAUGAACAUCGGCAACAAGAACGUGAUCGAGGUGGCACACCCGAUCGCCCAGACGGAUGCGGACGGGGAUGAAGCGGACGCGGCCGGUGGUCCCGUACCGCACCAGACGCGUCUGCAUGCUGGCCCGAUCGGAUCCGGCUACGAUCUGGUACGGUCCGACAGUGCCCGGACAGAGUACGCCCAGACGUACCAUCUGCUAGCGACGGACAGCGAGAUGAACUCGGUGCUGGACAGCGUGGUCGGCAACUGCCGGGAUAGCUUCAUCCUGGUGAAGGGUAUUGCCGACUACAAGGACGGUACCACGUCACGCAAAUGGCAGAACUACGCCUCGCUAGCGGCGGCCGCCGUCAUGAAGACGAUCGUGUGCGCGAUGGACGCACCGACGAACGUGUAG